AUGGUUAUCCAUACAACGAAUGGGUAUGGAUAUAGCACAUUUCAGAAUCGACUAUUAUCGAACAGAUCUAUCAAAAACACUAGCGAAGGAUCUUUUUGUGAUACUAACACAUCAUCACAAGCUUACCAGGACGAGCAAACUGUGCAAGAAGUAGUGUCUAGAUGGGGAGUUUACAUCAGCUUAGCAGAAGGAUUACCACUUCUCUUUUCCAGCUUGUUGUUUUCUUUUCUGAGUGAUUCAAUGGGAAGAAAACCAUUUCUCUUCCUCGGAGCCAUUGGUGUGUUAACUAGACAAUUUUUAAUGAUUUUGACUAUGGUUUUUGAAUGGAAUAUCUACUUGUUUGCCCCUUUUGCUUUGAUAGACGGAAUAUGCGGAGGUUGGGUGAUCGAAAUCGCCAUCUCGAUGGCCAUUUUUGCAGAUAUAUCAUCCGCAGGAAAAUCAAGAUACUUUCUAUUAGCUGUGUAA